CCAUACGAUCAUAGACACGGAAAUCAAAAUAAUGAAAAGGAAAUCAAAUGAAAAAGAUCUUUCUGUGGAUGUUAGUUUUAUAUAUGAAACAAUUAUUGAAAAGUAUCAAAAGAAAUAUAUCGACUCUGUACAAAAUUAUUAUCAUUAUAAUAAUAAUGCCAAAUUAUCUUCUACUAUACAAAAACAGAUAAAGAAUAUUGAAAAAAUAUCUGAAAAUACCAUUGAAUCAUUAUUAAAUCUUCAAGAAUCAUGCAAAGUUGUUAAACUCUAUGGAGUAACUAAACUUCCAAAUUCAUAUGCCUGGUGCCCUAUCCAACAUAAUUAUAUGGUAGAGGAUGAAUCAUGUUUGCACAAUAUACCUUAUAUGGGCCCAGAUAUUUUAGAUAGAGAUGUUAAUUUUAUAGAUGAUUUAUUAAAGAGUUAUGAGGGAAAAGUUCAUGAAACAGAAGAUGAUUUUUGUCAAACUCUGCAAUCUUCUGAAGGAAAUCAAAUCUGGGCAGAUUUAGGCAUUAAAGAAGAGAAUUUUGAUUAUUAUUUAUCAAAUAAUAUACCAACAGGCUGGCUAUAUAUAAUAAUAUAUGAGCUGAUUGAGAAUAUAAAAGCAAAAACUAGCAAUUAUAAUCACAGUUUAGGAUUUUGUCAUAGAGGAUCUCCAGUUAAAGUUUCUUUGUCACCUACUAAUAUAUUAAUGAUAAAAUUAAACCAAUUGAUUAAUGAAGACAUCUUAUGUGGAAUUUAUAUAAUAACUGAAGAAGAACAAAUGAUUAUGAAGGAAAUAUCUGAAAAAUUCUCUUGUUUGGGGAGAUAUGAAGAAAUCAAGCGAAAGUAUAUAAAAGUUCUGGAUUUGUUAAACACAUCUCAGAGGCUUGAUCACCCGCUUCUCAACGAAAAAUGUGCUGUCCUUCAUCGAUCACCGUUCUCAUGCCAUAAUUCGGAUAUUGUUAAGUCACAUACCGACGAAUUAUCUUUCAAGAAGUUGGUUCACACCUAUCAGACUCUCUUUUGUCGUCGAUGUUUCAAAUAUGAUUGUCAAUUGCAUCUUUUUCAACCUCCAUCUAUGUUGGCCAGAGAAAUCAGAAGGCCUCCCAUUCCUGUGAAUUUAUUUGAGGACCCUUCGUGCUCACCUAAUUGCUAUAUAAAUUUUAAACCGGCAUCUAUAAUGAAACUUCGCAGCGCGGUACAUAAAAGUGACUUAGAUACAAAAGAAUUCGAUCAUAACUUAACCGAUUCUCCUAUUAAAUAUACCAACCAACCUAAUGAAACAAACCAGCAUCUGAUCCCGAAAAUGGAUUGGGAGGAAACCCGAACGGAAAAGGAUAUUGGCAAUUCAGAUGACUUGACUACUCUCAGGUUGGUGAGAACCGUGUAUGGCUCAGAGGAUUUUUGCAGUAUGGCCAAAUUUUUGCCUCAUUUGACCUGUCAUCAGGUGAGUCAAUUGAUUAAAAAAUUGGGGAUCGAGAACAUUCAAGAGACAAUGGAAAUUCGUUCGACCAUAUCUCCAACUUCGAAAAAGAAAACAAAUAACACCAAGCUUGGGAGCUGGAAGAAGAAUAGAAAGAAAAUUGGUCAUUUUGUCCCAACACAUCCUUUUGCCUUACAUUCUGAUUUCUCAAAGACGAUCGAUGAUGAUUUGAACGAUGUUAAGGAACCUAUUUUGAACGAUGCCUAUUCCGAUUCGAUUAUCAACACUGAAAAUAAUAACUUUCCAACUUUAGUGCUGGCCAAAAAUUUUGGCGUUCGUGGUAAUAAAUCGAGCAGUCAUAACGGACAGGCCAAGGGGGGAGGAGGUGUCAGCGGGUCUCUUUACAGCUAUAAUCCUUGCGACCAUGGAGACUUGGAAUGUUCUGAUCUGGUGGGCUGCAAUUGCUGCACAAACGCCGACGCCUUUUGCGAAAAAUUUUGCCUUUGCAAGAACUCAUGCAAAAAUAGAUUUCCGGGUUGCCGGUGCCGAUCUCAGUGCAACACUAAACAAUGCCCUUGCUUUUUAGCUGUUCGGGAGUGCGACCCUGAUUUAUGUACCCCUUGUGGAGCUAAUAAAGUUGGUUCAGAAGUCAGCUGUCGUAACACUAAUAUUCAAAGGGGUCUCAAAAAGCAUCUCCUCUUGUCCUAUUCAGACACUGCUGGUUGGGGUAUAUUUUUAAAAUACGAUGUUCAGAAAAAUGAUUUUAUAUCCGAAUAUUGUGGUGAAGUCAUUAGUCAAGAUGAAGCCGAGAGGCGGGGGCGAAUAUAUGACAAGCACAAAUCAAGUUUCCUAUUCAAUUUAAACAUAGAUUUCGUGGUUGAUGCUACCCGAAAAGGAAACAAGAUACGUUUUGCAAAUCACUCACACACCCCCAAUUGUUACGCGAAAGUUCUAAUGGUCAACGGUGAUCACAGGAUAGGAAUUUUUGCUAAACAUAAUAUCAAAGCUGGUGAUGAACUAUUUUUCGAUUACAGAUAUGGACCCAUGGAUGCUCUGAAAUAUGUUCUGCACGAAAAGAAGAAUCUAGAAAAAUAAAGCAUUUAAAUCAACGAUUUGAAAUCCUUAAUGAUAUAUUUUUAAAAUUUUUUUUACAUUUUAC